AUGACAAUGAUCGACCCCCCCACCCGCCUCCGCCGCGCCAUCCUCCACCCCUCCCUCCCCCUCGUAACCCGCCUCAUCCACACCCACCCCUCCCUCCUCCACAACCCGGACUUCGCCUCCAAAGCCAACACCUCCCUGCACCUCGCCGCGGCCCACAACCACGCGGACAUCGUGUCCUUCCUGCUCUCCGCCGGGCAUGAGGAGGGGGAGAUAAGCAGGAAUACCGAGCAUGAGACACCCUUAAUGCUUGCGGCGCGCGGGGGGGCCGUGGAGGCCGGGAGGGUGUUGGUGAAAAUGUGUCCUGGGUCAGUGGGGAUGAGGAAUGCACGGGGCGAGGACGCGGUGAUGAUUGCGUGUCAGAACCCCGCUGCCACCGGCCUCAUACCUCUCCUCCUCCAAACCUGCGGCCUAGAAGCAGUCGAUCGCGUAGACAACUCCGGCAACACGCCCCUGCACCACGCGAGCGCGAGCGGGUCGCUGAAGGCGCUGCGGAUUCUGCUCGGUGCUGGAGCGAAGCCCUUUGAGCCUAACGGGCACGAUUGGACGCCGCUGGCGUAUUCGCAGACGGUGGCGGCGGAGGUGUAUUUUAAGAAUCUGGUUGCGGAAUUGGAGAGGCGGAAGGCGGAGGGGAUGAAGGCGGAGGAGGAGAGGGUGAAGCAGCGGGUUGGGGGGUUGAGGGUUGUGGGCCCGGAUGAGGAGGGUGGUGGUGGGAGGGGUGGAAUAAUGGAAAGUGGGAGAGGUGGUGGGAAAGGAGAAGCGGUACCGAUGACGCCGGUGGAUGACGAGGAUCAUAUUACUGAUGCGCUGAAGAGGCAUUGGAGCCCUACGGUGGAGCGGAAGAGGCCUGUGACGCCUGGGAGUGCGGGCAAAGCGCCGUUGUCGACGCAUGAGUGGGAUGCGAGGCUGGUACAUGCGAGGACGCGGUCGUCUAGCGGUGGGUGA